CGCGACGUGCCGCUAGCCGCUACCUUUUGAAUGUUGCUCGCUGUUUAGAGUUAAAAACUCGAAACGCGCCUGGCCGUGAAUACGAACGUUCGCGCUAUAACGAACAGGUGUCGAGAAAAGUGCAUUUUUCUUUGGCGAAAAGCGGGAAAACCGGAGAAAAGUCUGUCUAAUGAUGACAGAGACGGUGGUCAACGUGCAAGAAGCACCUAACAAUAACGCGGCGAAUAAACCGCAACAACCCGGAGCGCCAAGACAACCCGAAUCGCCGCUCGCUUGGAUUAAAAUUAAUGUGGAAUAUUUCAAGAGUACUCCGGGAAUAUUGAAAUUAGUAGAAUUUGUUUUAGGAAUAAUUUGUAUGGCGUUAGCUUCACCUGCGCAUUAUGGAGGUACACAUUUCUUCCUUCUAGUAGCGACUACAAGUUUUAUAUUAACAAUCCUAUGGAUCUUCAUAUAUUUACUAGGAAUAAGAGAGGCGCUUAGGAUUCCCAUAAAUUGGAUAUUAUCAGAACUAUUCAACACAGGCCUGUGGGGUGGUCUUUACAUCAUAGCCUUCAUCGUCCAGUUAAUAGUAGCUGCGACUAUCCACCCAGCUUACAACUUUAGAGGGUCAUACAUUGCAGCAGGGGUAUUUGGUAUUUUCAACGCCGGUGUCUACUGCUUCGCUGCGUAUCUUCUGUUCCUCGAAUGGAAACGCAACAAAUCAACGAAUUAAUUUAUAAUUUUUUUAUCGAACACUUUAUUUUAAGAAAUUACGUACUGUUUUAGGUUAAGCGACACAGAGUACCUUAGCGUUAAGUCAAGAAAAAGUACUUGUAUACACUGUCGAACAAGUUUUCUACGAUUUUGUUGUUUUGUUGUUAUAUUAUAAGAUUAUUAAAAAAAAAAUGUAAAAGCUAAGAAACUUGUUAUACAUUUUUAAUAGACGUCUAUUAAUUUGUUGUAAAACAACAGUUUAGUGGUGGAAAAUAAAUAAUUAUUGUACCAAAUAACCUUUUAUUUAAUUACAGCUCAUAUCUGUUUAGGUAAUAGAUUAUUGUUUACUUGUACAUUAAACAUUUAAAUUUAAUCAAUUUUUUUAGAAAGUAAAAAAUACACUCUGUCGUAAAAUAAACCGGAAUACAAACAUUUUGGAUUUUAUUAACAACUUCUUAAAUAUUAGACCAAUUUUGAUUUAAAAAUAUACGAUUAUAUAAUCACACCACGUGAAAAAGAACAGAAUCAUUGAUCCGGGCGUGAUUUAACAAGUAACCGUCCUCACCAAAAGAAGCUUUGAAAAAUAAUUUUUAAAUUAAUUCCCAAUUGCAU